UGUAUUAUACGCCCCUGUUUCAAAAGAGUAAAGAACAGGUUAGCUGAGAUCUGUUUACGUGUAAUAUAUAACAAUGGAUUUGCGACAAAAACAAAUACGACCAACCAGUUCACCUCGAAAACCGCGAAAGAAGAGGAAGCGAGCGGAAUCGUACACCGUGACAAACAUGUAUCAGCGAAGCUGUCGACUGGAUAUCAGUGAAGCCACACAAGUCGUGUAUGUCGUCGGUACGGAAUUAAAAUUGAACCUGAUCAGGUGUGCACCACCCGAGUCCAAGUUCUUCUCUAUAAGAUGCGCCUCCAACGUGCAUUACAAGCUGACGCCCGCAGCAAUAGACAGGAAUGUCGCCGCCCACCCGCUCACCCCCAACUCUCUUCUAGUCAUCACUAUGGACACAGUCAGCGAGGUGUCAAAUGACAGGAAGUUUUCUGUGCGGUACUACGGGGAAACAAAGAAUACGAUCGGGAACGCUGUGCUGCACCUGACAGCUGUCGAGAUGUCUCUGGAUGUGGAUGCGGACCGGGACGGAACUGUUGAGAAAAACAACCCAAACAAGGCAUCAUGGAAGUGGGGUCCUAAUGGUCACGGUGCUGUUCUUCUGGUCAACUGUGAUUCCGAGUCCGGAUACUUUAAGACGAUGGACUCUGAUAAAGAUGAGAUAAGUAAAGUCUCAGAUUUGCAGGACAUGUCGAAGAUGGUGUUGCGCAUCAACGGACCGCCUGAACUUCCUGAGGGCUAUAAACUGAGCAUGCACAUCUCAAAGACAGGAUCGGAGAGCGUCAGGGUCUUCAGACCUCGAACCAACAAAGGUGGACGACCAGAAAAAUGGAAGCACACACUUCUGAAGCUUUUUCUGAAGGAUCAUGUCAUGGUGGUGGGAAAGGACUGUUUGGCUGACGAAGUGCCCUAUCUAGGUGGCAAAAGUGAACUGCAGUUCUUUGUAGAGGGUCUUCGAUUCCCUGAUAAAGACUUUGAUGGUUUCAUCACCAUUAACCUCAGUCUAACAGAACCCAGUGCUAAGGGAUGUCCCGAAACGCCCAUCUUUACAGACACGGUCAUGUUCCAUGUGUCCCCGUGGAUCAUGACCCCCAACACCCUUAAACCCAUAGAGGUGUUUGUGUGCAGCACAAAUGAUAACUACGCAUUCCUAAAGAGCAUCAGGAACCUGGUGGAGAUUUGCGGCUGCAAACUGAAAGUGUGCCACGAGUACAUGAACCGAGGGGAUCGCUGGAUGCAGGAUGAGGUUGAGUUUGGCUACAUUGAUUCCCCCCAUCAUAGAUUCCCUGUGGUUCUGGAUUCCCCUCGUGAUGGAGACCUUCUUGAUUUCCCAUACGAGGUCCUUCUGGGGCCGGAUUUUGGUUACGUGACGCGCCAAACUGUGGAUGAGAAGGUGAGCAGUCUGGACUCUUUUGGGAAUUUGGAGGUUAGCCCACCAGUCACUGUGAAUGGAAAGAGUUAUCCGCUCGGCAGGAUUAUCAUUGGAGUUGCUUUCCCUACUACAACGCAGGGACGCAACAUGACCAAAGUCGUCCAGGAUUUCCUGUGGGCACAGAAGGUUCAAGAGCCGAUCGCUCUCUACUCGGAUUGGUUGGUUGUGGGUCACGUGGACGAGUUCAUGACCUUUGUUCCAGCCCCUGACCGAAAGAAAUUCCGCUUGCUUCUUGCCAGCCCUGAUGCUGGAUACAAAGUGUUUAAGAGGCUGCAGAACGACGGACACGGAAAAGGCGAAAUGUUUCCAGGUCUAGAAGAGGCCAUCUCAGUAGACGACAUCCUAAAUGACAAACAGCUACAGGUGGAAAACAUCUACGUGCAGAACUGUAUCGACUGGAACAGAGAUGUGCUGAAGAAAGAACUUGGUUUGGAUGAGGACGACAUCAUCGAUUUGCCCAUCUUGUUUAAACUGGUAGAAGAUGAAGGGGAACACAGAGCUGUGGCCUAUUACCCAGAUAUGGUGAACAUGCUGGUGUUGGGUAACCAACUGGGCGUCCCCAAACCGUUUGGGCCCCAGGUGAAAGGCAGAUGUGCUUUGGAGGCGGAGAUGUGUUCUCUUAUGGAACCUCUGGGCCUUCGUUGUACCUUCAUUGAUGACUUCGCCCCCUACCACAAGCUGCUGGGUGAAGUUCACUGCGGUUCCAAUGUUCUCCGAGAACCAUCGACGUUCAGAUGGUGGAACCUAGAGCUUUGAGAGACAAGAAAAUCUAGACAGGAAUGACUUCUCUGGUAGUUAUUUCAGAAGUGUGAUUUAUUCUUUAACAUUCUGGUUUAAAAUAAAAACAUAUGUGCCUUAACCUACCAGCAAUAGAAAAUGACUGAUAAAAGAAGUCAUACUCACCCUGAAAUAGUACUGUUUUUUUUUUCAAUUUUGAUUUCAAUCAUGUCAUAAUAGAAUUGUAAUUUUUGGUUGAAUUUUACCCCUUUAAAACUUUUCUGUGAUGGUGAGUUAAACUAACCGUUUGGAGCUUCUUACUUUUUACCUUCUACAAUUUCUCUUACUGAUGAUGUAAUGACUUCAUACUCAGCAAUGUCUUAAUUCACUUUCAUUGACUGUAUUUCUUUGGCUGCGUUACAAAUCUCUGUUAUACAUCAUGGCAACAAAUAAACAUUCCACUAACCCUC